AUCUGAGCUGAAAUUCUUGGAGGUUUUUCAGCUAACAAACCCUAAAAGUUGAAAACGAAACGUUCAAACCAAAUGAACUAUCUCAUUACCCGAAAAAACCCAAUACAGAUUUUCUAGAGCGAGAACAUCUAGAGAGAGAGAGAGAGAGAGAGAGAGAGAAAAGCACCCAAUUUCGCCGUCCUCUGUUGCUUCUUCUCUGACAGAAAGCGAACUCUAAACUGCAAAAUACGUAGACUUGUACAACUACAUCAAUACAUAUAUUUCUAAUACCAAAUUACAUGUACUUAUCUGUGUGUAUAUGCAUUGGAUUGGAGGGAACGUGGAUUUUGUAGUUUAUUGGUGUUUUCCAGGGUUUCGUGAUUGCGGUAAUUUGUAGUAGCAUAUGGCGUUGUUUCGCAAGUUGUUCUUUCGGAAGCCGCCUGACGGGCUUCUCGAUAUCUCUGAGAGAGUUUACGUGUUUGAUUGUUGUGUCACGACUGAUGCUUGGGAAGAAACAGAUUACAAAGUCUAUAUAGGACGUAUUAUUGGUCAACUUCGAGAAAACUAUCCUGAUGCUUCAAUGCUGGUGUUUAAUUUCCGCGAGGGAGAGACAGAGAGCCAGGUUGCUAAUGCUUUGUCCGAGUAUGAUAUGACCAUAAUGGACUACCCUCGACAUUAUGAGGGUUGCCCAUUGCUCUCAAUGGAGAUGAUCCAUCAUUUUCUAAGGUCAAGUGAAAGUUGGCUUUCUCUUGGGCAGCAAAAUGUACUUUUGAUGCACUGUGAACGAGGUGGUUGGCCAGUUUUGGCUUUCAUGUUAGCUGCACUCUUGAUUUAUAGGAAGCUCUACACAGGGGAGCAGAAGACCUUGGACAUGAUUUAUAAGCAGGCUCCUCGUGAGCUUUUGCAUUUGCUGUCACCUCUGAAUCCACUCCCUUCUCAACUAAGGUACUUGCAGUAUGUAUCGAGGAGAAAUGUGGCCUCGGAAUGGCCUCCUUUGGAUAGGGCUCUUACCUUGGACUGCGUCAUUAUCAGACUGAUUCCUAACUUUGAUGGGGAGGGAGGUUGCCGUCCAAUCUUUCGCGUUUAUGGACUGGACCCUUUACAUGUUCCUGACCGAACUCCCAAAGUGUUGUUUUCAUCUCCAAAAAGGAGCAAAACUGUCCGGCACUACAAGCAGGCAGAAUGUGAACUAGUUAAGAUUGAUAUUAAUUGUCAAAUUCAAGGUGAUGUUGUGCUUGAGUGCAUCAGCUUGAAUGAUGAUAUGGAACGUGAAGAGAUGAUGUUCCGAGUAAUGUUCAACACAGCCUUCAUUAGGUCAAACAUUUUAAUUGUCAAUCGGGAUGAAAUUGACUUAGUAUGGGAUGCUAAGGAUCAAUUUCCAAAAGAUUUCAGAGCGGAGGUUCUUUUCUCAGACAUGGAUGCUUCUGCUUCUGUAGUUCCCGUAAAUUUGUCUUGUUUUGAGGACAAGGACGGCCUUCCAGUGGAGGCAUUUGCUAAAGUUCAAGAGAUCUUUAGCAAUGUUGAUUGGUUAGGUCCAAAGACAGAUGCUGCACUUAAUGUCCUUCACCAAAUAACUGCAUCAAAUAUUGCCCAAGAAAAGCCAGACACUUAUUCUCAUCCUCAUCAGAAUGCAGAAGUGAUUACCUUAUCGCACGCUGCAAGCCCUGAAAAGCAGCCGGAGAAACAAAGGUCCACUAGAUUGGGAAGUUACAUUGAGGGCUCCCCAAAGUUGGCCUCAGAGGAUCAGCUGGCGUCCUCAUCUAAACUGUCUCCAGACAGGGGUGAACAAAAUGAUGAGCCUGAUUUUCUGGCCAUUUCACCCCAAACACCGCCACCUGCACCUCCAUUACGACCUUCCAUAUCCGAUUCCAAUGGGGAACGCAUUGCAUCUCCAUCUUCACCUCUCGCGCCUCUUCAUCUUUCUAGCUCCCACCUUACUCACCAUUCACUUAGCAAACAGUCUGAGACAUCUCUAGAAGGAAGUCGUUCUUGCUUGGUUACUUCUGAUAAUUUAUCAUGUCCUCAAUCUUCCCCUUGUGAAGCUCUUGAUAUUGCUUCAUCAACUCCACCACUUCCGGCAGUACCUUUGAAGGAGAAUUCAGCUAUUCAAGCUAAACCACCUCCUCCUCCUCCUCCACCACCUCCAACUGCACUCCCUUCUUCAACUCUGCCUUUGAAGAGUUCGUCACUUGACACCGGGUGGACACUACCGCCACCUCCUCCCACAACUCCACCACCUCCUCGAACACAACUUUUGAAGGAUACUGCUGCUACAACUGGACCUUGUCCCCCCAAACGUCCUCCCCCAAAUCCGCCACCACCUCCUUCAGCUAUGCCUUUGAGAGGUAACCAAGGUGUGAAAAUUGGAUCUCCUUCGCCCCCAACACCACCUCCCCCUCCAACCCCACCUGUGAAGGACAAUUCAACUAUUCGAGGUGGACCUCCCCCACCCCCACCCCCACCCCCAUGUCCUCCUCUUCCUUCUAGGCAAGCUGCAGGACCUACAAUUUCUCCUUCAGUUCCCUCACCUCCACCUCCUCCCACACCCAGUUUUUCAUCCAAGACUCUUGAAAGGUCACCACAGAAUUCUUCAAGCGUCCCUUCUGCACCACCCCCUCCGGUCCCUUCCAUUAAAGGAAGUAAUGCAGAGAAGGGUUUAUCUAGAUCUCUUUCUCCUGCACCUCCGACUCCUGCUCCCCCUUUCAGUUCUCCAUCCAGUGCAAAGGGACGAGGUUUGUCACGUACCAUAACUUCGAGAAGUAAUCAAAUGAAGAAACUGAAACCAUUGCAUUGGUUGAAGUUGACAAGAGCUGUUCAAGGAAGCCUAUGGGCCGAAGCACAAAAAUCUGGUGAAGCUUCCAAGGCACCAGAGAUUGACAUGUCAGAACUAGAGAGUCUUUUCUCAGCAGCAGUUCCAAAUUCAGAUCAAGAGGGAUCAGGCCGCAGAUCAGGUUCUCGUUCUUCACUUGUGCAGAAACCAGAGAAAGUGCAACUGAUUGAACACAGGCGAGCAUAUAAUUGUGAAAUUAUGCUUUCGAAGGUCAAAGUACCAUUGCACCAGUUGAUGAGUUCAGUACUUGCCUUGGAGGAUUCAGCAUUGGAUGUUGAUCAGGUUGAUAACCUCAUAAAGUUUUGUCCAACAAAAGAGGAGAUGGAACUGCUUAAGGGCUAUAAUGGCGAAAAGGAAAAGUUAGGAAAAUGUGAACAGUUUUUCUUGGAGUUAAUGCAAGUGCCCCGUACAGAAUCUAAGCUCAGAGUUUUCUCAUUUAAGAUGCAAUUCGGCUCCCAGGUUUCCGACCUUAGAAAUAAUCUGAAUGUGGUCAAUUCCGCAGCAGAGCAGAUCAGGAAUUCUGUCAAAUUCAAAAGAGUUAUGCAAACAAUUCUUUCAUUAGGAAAUGCUUUGAAUCAGGGUACUGCCAGGGGUUCUGCUAUUGGGUUCAGGCUGGAUAGCCUCCUGAAACUUACUGAAACACGUGCCCGGAACAACAAGAUGACUCUGAUGCAUUAUCUUUGCAAGGUGCUUGCUGAUAAACUACCUGAACUUAUUGAUUACUCAAAGGAUCUUGCCAGCUUGGAACCUGCAUCAAAGAUACAAUUGAAAUAUUUAGCUGAGGAAAUGCAAGCCGUCAGCAAAGGACUGGAGAAAGUUGUUCAGGAAUUGUCCGAGUCUGAAAAUGAUGGUCCUGUCUCAGAAGAAUUCCGUAAAACUUUAAAGGAGUUCCUUUCUUUUGCCGAGGGAGAAGUGAGGUCUUUGGCUUUGCUCUAUUCUGGGGUGGGUAGAAAUGUUGAUGCCUUGAUUCUUUACUUUGGCGAAGAUCCAUCUCGUUGCACAUUUGAGCAAGUUGUUUCCACUCUACUCAACUUUGUUAGAAUGUUCAAUCGUGCGCAUGAGGAAAAUUGCAAGCAACUUGAGCUUGACAAAAAGAAAGCUGACAAAGAGGCAGAAAGUGACAAGUUGAAAACACAUGGUCCACUGAAGAUUUCAGAACACUUGUUGCAUUCUCAAAUCAAGAGUCUCCAAUAAUAUGAUUUUUGCUUUUCUCUUCCAUGGGAAUAGACUUGUAGUCUUCCCCUGAAUGGUAGGCAGAUGCAGAAAAAAUAUACAGGAAAAUACGAGGGAUGGUUACUUGUAUAUAGUUGGGUGUGAGAAACCAGAGAAUUGUAGAUGUAGAGUUGUAAAUGUAACAAUAUGCGGCAAGGUAGAAUGUCGAUCCCUGUUUCCGCAGGUAUGCCCAAUACCACUACCCUUUCAAUAGCUUAUAAUUCUGUUCCAUGAGGACAGUCAUUUAUUUUGAUUUCUAUCCUCCUUCGAUGUGUAAAUCAUCUAAUUGAUCUCUUUUUUCUUGCAGCACAGACGGGGUGUUGAUACAACCCAUUAGGCGCAAGUUGUAAAUUAUUUACUGUAAAACACGACAGAGAUACCCAAAGAAAAUACCAGUAAAUUUGUUUCUUUUCAUCGCUGAUAAAAAAAAGUUUGUUUCUUUUCAUAUCUUCCUUUUGUAGAUUUUUCUAAUCUCGUGCCUUUAUUUCCUUUAAUUUUGUAUUUGGAGUGUAGAUUGUAAUCUCUCUUUCAGUGGCAGUUACUUUAGAGCAUUACUUUUC